AUGCAGAUUUUCGUCAAAACCCUCACGGGUAAGACCAUCACUCUUGAGGUCGAGCCCUCUGAUACCAUCGAGAAUGUGAAAGCCAAGAUCCAGGAUAAGGAGGGAAUCCCUCCAGACCAGCAGAGAUUGAUCUUCGCCGGUAAACAGCUGGAAGAUGGCCGCACCCUCUCAGACUACAACAUCCAGAAGGAGUCCACGCUCCACUUGGUGCUCCGCCUGCGUGGUGGUGCCAAGAAGCGCAAGAAGAAGAAUUACUCUACUCCCAAGAAGAUCAAGCACAAGAAGAAGAAGGUCAAGCUAGCCGUACUUCGGUUCUACAAGGUUGACGAGAACGGCAAGAUCCACCGUUUGAGGCGAGAGUGCACGGGCGAGCAGUGCGGCGCUGGUGUGUUCAUGGCCGUGAUGGAGGACCGUCACUACUGCGGCAAGUGCCACAGUACCAUGGUCUUCAAGGACGACGAUAGACCUUAA